GUACCGUGGCUGGAAAGUCCAAACACAAACCAGACACAGCAUGCUGCAAAUAUAAGAUAAAUUUUAAAUCCAGUAAUGUGCAAAUAAGUAAAUGUUAAAUAAAGUUUCUAUUUCAGAUUUCAGCAAGAUUUAUAUCAUCUAUGGAUUUAUUUCUCCUCAUUCUAUAAAACUUUAUUAGAAGUGAAACAGGAAUGCAGUCACCAUUUGCCAAGAGAGAACAGAGGCGACUGUGUACGGGUCACAUACGACAGUUUAUCUGGCUCCUGAUUCUGAACUGAUUUCCUGCCAGGGAUCAUGUGACUCAGCGGCUUCCCCGGCCUUGACAGUAGUUCUCAUUCCUAAUCCCUACCUGUGUCCCAGAAGCCUACAUACCAGUGAGCCCCGGCUGACUGGGAUCUGCAGCGAUCUCAAGCUAGACAGUCUCCCCUCGCAGGAUCCCAGCCCAAGGACUCAUGGCUCAUCCCCAGGGUGUCACACAAGAGGAACCAGGGAAGCCCUGGGCGCCGACUCCAAGUCUGACCUCGACCAGAGUGCGCGUGGACUUGGGGGAGUGAAGCAAAACACUUCAGCUGCCAGACCACCUUUGACCAGGAUACAGGAAAGCACACAGAAAGCGGCGAAAUCUUGGCCUCAACCCACAGAUUUGGGACAUUUUUAUUUAUUUUUGGAUGGAGAGGGAGUAGACAUUCAGGAUGCCUGCUAUUGGGAGCUGUUCUGAUUUGACAGGAGAGACGUUUGAUUGGAUGCACCUGAGAAAAAAAAAUCUACAUAGACCUGAACUCAAAGCCGCCGCCCAGCGAUGGACGCGGGUGUGAUGCCCAGGAGGCACAACCCAGUGGACAGCAUAUGCAGGAAGCUGCGCACCAUCCAGCGCCGCGACCAAGAGGCUAAUUCUCCCUUCCAGAUCCCCAAGUUCCGGUCGCGCAGCUAUGACAGUCCGCAGUGCGGCCUGCGGCACAACCUGGAGGCGAUACUGAAGAAGCGUGCAGUGCGCAGUGACAGCGAGCCCCCCAGUCCCUCCACUCCCGGAAGACCAUGCACGCCCCACGAUGCAGACCUGCUGACCCCCACCGGCUCCCCCGGAGUCGUACACACCCCAUCUUACUUGGCCACGCCUACCAACACCACCUAUACCAUUACCAGCGCUCUGGUUGACCGCCGGGGACCCAGUGAGGGGGGGCCGUGGUCACGAGUCUGCUCCACCCCCGCUACCCAGACCAACGAAGGCUUCUUCAGCUUCUCCCGCUGCACCAACUACACCAAGCGGGGGGGCCGGCUAUCUGACGGGGACCCUCAGGAGAGUCCUACCCCCAGCAUGCUCUCCUACAACCUCAACUUCUGCUCCACGGACAGCUCCAACCUGCAGGAUGGGGGGGGAGGCUACCCCGCUCUUGUGGUGAAGCGACUCUCCAUGGGGGAUGGUACCUUGUGCCCCUCGGAGGACCGGAAGGAGUCCAUGGCGGAAAUCAGUCUCAUCUGUGAAGAGGACCUGCUGGACACCAUCUUUCACGCCUGCGACACGCAGCGCAGAGGCAGAGUGUACGUGUCCUGCCUUGUGGACUACCUGCGGCACACCACCAGCCGAGGCUCCGAGGACAGCGGCCUGGAGGAGCUUUGCAACAUGCUGGAUCCAGAGCGCAAAGACGUCUCCAUCGACCUGGACACCUACCACGCCAUCAUGAAGGAGUGGAUCGAAGACUGCCGCAACCAGGGGGACUGCACUCCGGAAGACCUGACACAGGAAUCGGUGAAACUCAAAGACAGCUUGUCAGCCAGGCGAUCAGCACUGCUGAACAUGACCUCCGGCAGCCUGGAGGCGUUUGGGGGCGAGGCUUCACGGGGUGAUCUCGAGACCUCCGACCUGGUGUACUGUGUGGCUGACCUGCAGUUCAACAACCACAAGCUCCAAGAGGAGGUCAGGAAGCUGAAGCAGGCCAUGGAGACCAUGGAAGAAUCCAACCAGAAGCUCAUGGAGGAGAACGAGGAGCUCCUGGCCCGGGCCAAAUUGGGUCAGCAGUCGGCCCAGAAAGAGAAGCUGCUGAAGGAGGAGGUGGAGGUGAUGAAGGCUACUCUCAGUGCCUCCGAGGAGGGCCGUGCCCGAGUGUCAGCCCAGAGUAAGCAGACCGAGGAGGAGAAUCAAGGCCUCAUUUCAAAGAUUGCAUCUCUUCAAGAGGAGAACCUUAAGAUCACCAUGGAGAGUGAUGAUCUUCAAAAGAAGAUUAUUGAAUUGUGUGACCUCAAUACUGACCUCCAAGUGCAGAUCCACGCGUUUGAUGGACUCCUGAAUGAGAAGGAUGCAUUGGUGCUGGAGAGAAAUCAGCAAAUCGAGGAGCUGAAGGCAGCCAUAAUUGAGUAUUCCUCAGUCACUGAGGUCCUGAGAGCGGACAAAGCCAGGCUGGAGAGCCAGAUGCAGAUGAUGCAGCCCGAUUUGGGGGUUGCCAGUCUCUCCCUCUCGGUGGCGUACAGGCUCAACCAGAUGAGUUCGGGGUCUCUGCAGGCAGAGCUGGCUCUCGCUCAAGGGAAACCUGAGGUCCCGGAAAAGCACUCCUCCUCCUUCUUCGCCUCCUCACUGGAUGAGACCUUGGAUCGGGAGGUUCUCCUCCUCCUCCAGGGACCCACGCCUGAACAGAUGUCCCUGGAGUUUAAGGCAGUCAUCAGCAAACUGAAUCAAGACUUUAAAGAGGACAGUUAUACAGUCCUGAGUGCAGUGAAGGAGCUUUUUGAGACCUACACACAACUGGACAGUGGCUGGGAUAGGAGAAUGCAGACCCUGCAGGUGGACCUGGAGCAGAGGCGGAGGAACUGGGCGCGCAGCAUAGAGCAGCUGGAAGAGUACACCACAUCGCUGGAGAAGGAGCUCAUCAAGAUGGCCAGCAACAUGCGCAGGUCCCGCACCGAGAUCCUGCACCUGUCAGUCAGGGUCCAAGACCAGGAGAGUCAGAAACAGCAGCUGCGUGAUGAACUGGCCCAACUCCAGAUGUCUGGCCAGGAGGCCACAGAUGCCAGCUCUGAGGACCGACCGUGGCAGGCCGUCGACAGCUGGUCGCAGACGGAGGACCUGCUACAGGGGGGCGUCGAUAGCAGCUCCCAGACAGAGGCCAUCCCAUGGGACGGCAUGGAGACCAGCUGCCAAACCGAAGACCCGAUAAGGCAGGGAAACGAUGUCAGCUGCCAGACCGAGGAGGACCUGCCACAAGAGGGUGUCGAAGCCAGCUCCCAGACAGAGGCCUUCCCAUGGGACGGCAUCGAGACCAGCUCCCGAACUGAAGACUUCUCCCCACCAGAGGGCACUCAUGCUAGCUCACAGACGGAGGAGGAUCUGUUUCAGGUCUGGGGAGGGUCCGGUGCCCACGCUCUGGGCGAGGAAGGAGCGAUCAGGGUGUGUGAAGCAGAAGGUGAUUUGCUCAGACAACAGAAUGAGGAGAUAAAUGCUUUGGAUGAAGAUGAGCAGAUGGACCUUGGGGGCCUGUGGGGGGCAGAGCUGCAAGCCAGCCUUCCUCUCACCCUCGCAGUGCCUCUUGGACAGAGCUCCAGGCAAGUGUUGGAAGCAAGUGUAGGAAAGGUGAAGGAAGGUCUUCAAAGACAUGGUCAAUCUCUCCAGCCGGAAGAUGGAGUAGCAGAAUGGAGUAGCCCUGAGGACUCCACCCAUGGGGCUGCCUGGACUGCGGGGGUGAUCUCUGAUUGCUCUCCUCGUCCACAUUCCCACUUCCACCUCAUCAACGCACUGACCCUGGAGUUGCUGCUGCCCCCAUCCCGUGUUUGGCUUCCCCUGCCAAAGGGGGGCUCCUUGCAGGACCUGACGCUGCUGGCUGGGUCCCGCCCGGUCCUGACUCGUGGAGGAGCCUGUCCGCCUGCGGAGGAGGAGGAGGAGGAGGAGGAAGAGGAGGACUCCAUCUGGAAGGAGGAUACCACUGCCCCCGGCAUGAGCGACAAGCAGCAGUUAUCUGUGGACCAGGUAUCAUCCAGCAGUAACACGGCGGAUCGUCUGCCGCUGACACCAGGAAAGGGACAGGAGGCUAUGCAGGUUCUUCCUGAAGAGAAGAGCAGAGCAGCUUCCCCUGAACUGGUGGCAGGCAGAGGAGAUAGUAGCCCUGUGACAUCAAUCUACAGAGGUCCUCUCCAUCCAGCGGAGAAUCGCGCCGUGACAGCCGACGUGAAGGAUGAUGGCCUGUCACCACCAGCGCUAGGAGGUCAGAGCCCACAGACACUCCGAGACUCCAUGAACCUGAGGAAUAAGUUUAAGAGGGAAAUGGUACUUUCACGGAGCAUGGAAGCUAUUGAGGAGAACAACACACAGGAAGAUCUGGGAGAAAUGUCAGAAAAAGAAGGUGAGAAUCCACUAAAUGACGGAGACGUGAGUGACGAGAACAAAGAGGAAGACAAAGACAGUUUGUCUCAGAGUGAAAAAGAGAUUGAGACCGAGUUCCAUCGGCUGUCGCUGGGCUUCAAGUGCGACAUGUUCACCCUGGAGAAGCGGCUGCGCCUCGAGGAGCGUUCUCGUGACUUGGCUGAGGACAACAUGAAGAGGGAGGUCUCCAGCUGCCAGGGGCUGCUCCUGGCUCUGCUACCCCUGUGCAGCGAUGACAACCAGUCCAUGGAGAUCAUCCAGAGGCUUGGCAAGAACCUGGACAUCUUGAUCCAAUCAAUGAGCCGAGUGUCCACCCGCUCUGAGAUGCUGGGGGCCAUCCACCAGGAGAGCCGGGUCAGCAAGGUGGUGGAGGUGAUGAUCCAGCAUGUGGAGAACCUGAGGAGGAUGUACACCAAAGAGCAUGCUGAGCUAAUGGAGCUGAAAGAGACCCUCAUACAGAAUGAGAGGUCUUUCGGCUCUCUUGAAAGAGAUGACUUCCGGAACAAGAAAAUGUCAGGAUCUCAGUACUACAAGCCCUCCACACGACGCGUCAGUAUUGCAGUUAUCCCCCGGAACAGUGGAGGACCCGCAAACUUUGACAUGACUAGGCCACAUGACACAACAGACAUAGAAGCAGAAACACUCAGGAGAAGCUCAUGGAAAACGGCAGGGAAGAACAGUCUGCAGCCAUCGCUAAAGCGUGUCGUUAACUCCUGUGCUUGGGCAAAGAGUGAGGAUUCUUCUUCGAUGAAGGGGUACGAACGCGAGAGGCAGCCCCUCACUGAAGAGCAAAAGGAGGAGAAUGCAGAGAAGAAGUUGGGCAGCAAAGUGCCGUCGCUUGUUAUGUCAUCCAUGAAGCCAGACCAGACCUCACCCUCGUUGGUGGCAUCGCACCCUGUUGUGCCCAAGGGCGGCCGGAGUCUGUGGCUUUCGGUUGCGGUGGCGGUGCUGCUGGCAGGGCUCUUGGCGCUCCUGGCAAGCGUGGCCUUGCAGCCAGCGGUGGACGCGGCGCCCGUCGGACCCGGUGAUUCCUGGGUGACCAUCCAGCAGUUCCUGUGGCCGUACACUGGCCUGAGGCACAAUGGGCAGCCGCCAGUGUGAGCGGCCGUGGCUCCAGCAUUGGGGAAUGGGGGGGAUGUGACGGAGGGUGACACUAGCUGCCCGGAUGGACUGUUCUUAUGAGUGAAGGUGGAGCACUUGGACCGUUUCAGCAGUGUGAUCCUGCUGAUGCUCACAGCCUUCUGAACGCGCCCCCAUGAUCGUCGUGGCCUGUCGGAAAUUCAGAAAAAUGUCAACCUCAUUGUGCCCCAUUCUGUACUGUGUAUGUGGGGGCAUACCGUGGACCACAGCGCUGACACCUGCAAACACUGCCCAAUCGUGUCGCAGAUAUCAGCAAAUUGUUGACCAAUGGAGGCUCUUCGUUUUAAACACUUGUGUUUUAUUGUUAAUAUAUCAAGGACUUGUUUUUUUUCUUUUUUUUUCUUUCUGAGCCCAGUUUAGACACCUGGGUUGCCUUGCAUGGCUGCCUUUUUAAAUCACUUUAGUAGUUCAGACACAGCUGCCGGAAAAGGUAAAUUUUUAUUGGUGCAUAUUUAAGUGGUAAUAAAUGACCAUUUUAAUACAUUCUUUUGAGUGAAGCUUUCAUUUUACCAUUUUAUUGCAUUUUUGUUUGGUUGUGUGGAAUUUUUGUUCUUAUGGGACACUGUGUGUUGUUCUUGCUGUGUUGUUCACCACUAUGAAUUCGUACACAUCUGGAAAAGGGUAACGUGAAACUUUCACAAUAAAACGACUGAUUCUA